AUGGUAAGACUCAUUGAUGAUGCCGACCACGAUGUCGGCAGUGGGAAUGUGGGUAAUCUUCCAUUCCGCCGAGUAUGUAAGCGUCUUGGAGCCGAUAUAACCUGUGGAGAAAUGGCUCUUGCAGCCAAUCUUUUACAGGGUCAGCAAAGUGAAUGGGCUCUGCUGCGACGUCACAGUUCUGAGAAUCUUUUUGGAGUUCAGGCUUAUACUUGUUCCUCUUGGUUGAUUCGAUGCUCCCUUCUCCACUUCUGUGUCUCCAUUGCGGCCCCAGAGUUUUCGGAAAUUAGCUUGAUGCCCCACUGCUCUGAACGAUCACCACGAAGAACGAGUCACCCACUUCAAUUUUUCAUAUCCGAUGGCUUAAGCUGA